UCGCGUUCACAUACCCGGGGAGGGCAGUAGAAAGGUGAUCAAUCUUCAUCAGGCUACAUUUCCAAUCACCUAAACAACCGAGCAAGACAAGCCACUCCGACAAGGUUGGCUGCCGGCGGGUCUCGGCGAGGGCGCGAGGUAGAUGGUGAAGAGCCGCGGCAGCGGAGGGCAGGCCAGGCCCCCAGAAGAAACAGCUUGAAGGACUUCGAAGUGGGAGCCCUGAACUGCUCCUGGCCUCAGGCCCCCUGGAUCCGUCGGGGCGCCUCCACCCGGCGGUUAGCAUGAUGUCUUACCUCAAACAACCCCCAUACGGCAUGAACGGGUUAGGCCUAGCUGGCCCUGCCAUGGACCUCCUGCAUCCCUCCGUGGGCUAUCCUGCCACCCCGCGGAAGCAGCGACGGGAGCGCACCACCUUCACGCGCUCACAGCUGGACGUGCUUGAGGCGCUGUUCGCAAAGACUCGCUACCCAGACAUCUUCAUGCGCGAGGAGGUGGCGCUCAAGAUCAACCUGCCAGAGUCCAGAGUCCAGGUUUGGUUCAAGAACCGCCGCGCCAAGUGCCGCCAGCAGCAGCAGAGCGGGAAUGGAACGAAAAGCCGGCCGGUCAAGAAGAAGUCAUCGCCAGUGCGCGAGAGCUCGGGUUCCGAGAGCAGCGGCCAGUUCACGCCGCCCGCCGUAUCUAGCUCGGCUUCUUCAUCUAGCUCAGCGUCCAGUGCCUCCGCCAACCCGGCGGCUGCUGCGGCCGCGGGCCUGGGUGGGAACCCGGUGGCAGCCGCGUCCUCUCUGAGCACGCCUACUGCUUCGUCCAUCUGGAGCCCGGCCUCCAUCUCGCCGGGCUCAGCGCCGGCAUCCGUGUCAGUGCCAGAGCCACUGGGCGCUCCGAGCAACGCCUCGUGCAUGCAGCGCUCGGUAGCCGCAGGUGCGGCCACUGCCGCGGCCUCCUACCCUAUGUCCUAUGGCCAGGGCGGAAGCUAUGGCCAGGGCUACCCCGCGCCCUCCUCUUCUUACUUUGGCGGUGUAGACUGCAGCUCCUACCUAACGCCCAUGCACUCUCAUCACCACCCGCACCAGCUUAGCCCCAUGGCACCCUCUUCCAUGGCUGGCCAUCACCACCACCACCCGCACGCGCACCACCCACUGAGCCAGUCUUCAGGCCACCACCACCACCAUCAUCACCACCACCACCACCAAGGUUAUGGAGGCUCUGGGCUCGCCUUCAACUCUGCCGACUGCUUGGAUUACAAGGAGCCCGCCGCUGCUGCUGCUUCCUCUGCCUGGAAACUCAACUUCAACUCUCCCGACUGUCUGGACUAUAAAGACCAAGCCUCGUGGCGGUUCCAGGUCUUGUGAGCCCAGGAGGGAAAGGAAGUGGAGAAGAAACGCAACUACCUGCGCCCUCCGUGGUCUCCAUCCUGUUGCUGUUGCUGCUGCUGCUGCACCGCCCGCCUUUGCCUUGGCUUUUCCAAAACUUAAUUUUCACUCCCCCAAAAGAUGUUCAUUGCCUGCACUGCCGCUCCCGUCUGUGUGCCACUUGCUUGGGGGUGGAGGGUGCAGACCUUUCUCCCCCUUGGAGGUGGGGCCCGGUGCUCCUUCCUACUUGGCCCUCAGUUUCUUCAUGGGAUAGCAGUAAGCUCUCCCUCUCAACUCGUGCAUCACCCCAAGUCUUUCUGGACAGCUUUUGUGCACCUGGAGCCUUCUGAGGCUCUUCGCUCUGACCCUCUCAGUUUUGAGCUCAACAGUUUUAUUUAUUCUUUCUGGACACUGAAGUCACUAACUGGCGUAUAUCUACCGUUUGGAGUGCGUCCAUACACACUCCUCCAAAUAAAACCCACCACUCUUAGCAGACUGUUGCCUCCUCAGCUGCCCUUGAUCCAGCUCCCCAUCUGCAGGCCCGAGCUUCCAGCAUUUCCGUCUCCCCAGUGGUGAGCGCUGGGCCAGGCUUGCGGGAGGAGUGUGUCCCAGCCUCCUUCCCUGCCUUGCGCUGGACUGAUUCAAGCUUCCGCCUCAGCGGGAAUGCUGUACAUAGUCAGGUCCGUUCCAGGGACCACUUAAAGUUUUUAGUUACUGUUGGUUGCAUCUCUCUUGUUUUGGCGUCCAAGAAACAGAACUUUAAAAUAUAUUCAUCACAUAUAUAUAUACACACACACACAUAUAUAUAUAUAUAAAACAGAAGCAAAAAAAUAUUUCCCCUUUGUUCCCGUUCCUCUCUUUCUCAAAUGAUGGCGGUUCUUAUUUUUCAGUUGUUACAAAGCUGUCCUGCCCUCUUCACACCUCCCUUUGUGUAUUUAUUAAAGAAACCCGCUUGGUUCCAGGAAGCUGGGCUGGUUCCAGGAAGCUGGGCGCUGGAGGAUCGGAAGUGAAGGAAACAGCUAAGUCAGGGUACAGGGAUCGGGGCUAGGCUGGGCAGGGCGCAGGCCUGACCCUUAACCAGUCUAAGCACAAUAUCAAAGCUUCCGCUUAGAAACAAACAAAAAGGUGAAACUACAACAUUGUGGAAAGCAAACCGAGCCCGAGUUCCAGGUCCAGGUCCAAUUUCUCCUCUCUCUCUCUCUCUCUCUCUCUCUCUCUCUCUCUCUCUCUCUCUCCUGUCUGUUCAGUGAGUUUUUAGUGAACCUUCAUUCUCCGAAAUCUGCGGAGAGUGCCUGUGUAUCUAUCGGUUUUGGUUUUGGCCGUUUGGUCCAGUAGGUGGGAAAGUAAUUUGUAAAUUUGAUUUGUCCGAUGUGAAGAUCGCAAAUUACUUGUUGAGAUGUAAGGCAGUCCGUCUCCUCUUCCUCUUUAUCUACAUUAUUUCCCGAAAAUAAAAACAAAUUAAUGAAUGGCUUGUCA